UUUGGAGCCCCUGCCGUUGCGCGCAGGUGGUUCCAGAAUAAUUUUUCAUCGCGACGCGUCGGAUUUGUGUUGAAAUUACAAGUUGGUUUUCUAUCUUUCUGCGGUUGCUUGCUCACUUUUAGUUUUCUUCUAUUCGUGUGGUUUAUCAGCAAAGGAUUUCGUAUUUUAUUGAUUGUUGAUUGUUGAUUGUUGAUUGUUCACGAUGUCGCUUGAUAUGUCGAAUGCGAUCGUCGCCCAGGACGAGAUGGGCAGACCGUUCAUUAUUGUCAGAGAUCAGGGCAAGAAGAAGAGAGCUCAUGGAAUUGAUGCCGUCAAGUCACAUAUAUUAGCUGCUCGAACAGUUGCGGAUAUCAUCAAGACUUCGCUUGGUCCCAGAGGUCUGGACAAGAUUCUCAUUUCGCCGGAUGGAGAUAUCACAAUCACCAACGAUGGAGCGACGAUUCUCGGACAGAUGCAGGUCGACAAUCAGAUUGCGAAGCUUCUUGUGCAAUUAUCAAAAUCGCAGGAUGAUGAGAUUGGCGAUGGAACGACGGGUGUUGUUGUGCUCGCGGGUGCGAUGCUCGAGCAGGCUGCCGAGCUUAUCGACAAGGGAAUCCACCCUAUCCGGAUUGCGGAUGGGUUCGACAAGGCGUGCAAGAUUGCGGUUGCGCAUCUCGAUGAGAUUGCGGAUACGGUUGAGUUCAGUCUUGAGGAUCGGACUAAUCUGUUCAAGGCUGCGAAGACCUCGCUUGGCAGCAAGAUUGUGUCGAAGGCGCAUGACAAGUUUGCGAAUAUUGCGGUUGACGCGAUUAUAAGUGUUGCGGAUCUUGAGCGCAAGGACGUUGAUUUUGAGUUGAUCAAGGUCGACGGCAAGGUUGGUGGGUCGCUUGCGGACACGGCUCUGGUGAAGGGAGUUGUGAUUGACAAGGACAUGUCGCACCCGCAGAUGCCGCGGACGGUUAAGGACGCGAAGAUUGCGAUUCUGACGUGUCCGUUUGAACCCCCGAAACCCAAGACGAAGCACAAGCUCGACAUCACGACGGUGGAGGAGUUUCGCAAGCUGCAGAGUUAUGAGCGCGAGAAGUUUAUGGAGAUGAUCAAGCAGGUGAAGGACACGGGAGCGUCGCUUGUGAUCUGCCAGUGGGGAUUUGACGACGAGGCCAACCACUUGCUGCUCCAGAACGAGCUGCCUGCGGUGCGGUGGGUCGGCGGCCCGGAGCUGGAGCUGAUUGCGAUCGCGACGGACGGGCGGAUUGUGCCGCGGUUCGAGGACUUGACGGCGAGCAAGCUGGGCCACGCGGGGCUUGUGCGGGAGAUGACGUUUGGCACGACGCGGGACCGCAUGCUUGUGAUUGAGGACUGCGCGAAUACGCGGGCGGUGACGGUGUUUGUGCGGGGCAGUAACAAGAUGAUUAUCGACGAGGCGAAGCGGGCGCUGCACGACGCGUUGUGCGUCGUGCGCAACCUCGUGCGCGAUAACAGAGUCGUGUACGGCGGCGGAGCGGCGGAGGUGACGUGCUCGCUGAAGGUGGCGGAGGAGGCGGACAAGCACCAGGGAAUCGACCAGUACGCGAUGCGGGCGUUUGCUACAGCGCUGGACGCGAUUCCGAUGGCGCUUGCGGCGAACUCUGGGUUGAACUCGAUCGAGACGUUGGCGAGCGUGAAGGCGCGGCAGGUGAAGGAGAACAACAGCCGACUGGGGGUUGAUUGUUUGGGGAGCGGGAAGAAUGAUAUGAAGGAGAUGUUUGUGAUUGAUCCGUUGAUUGGGAAGAAGCAGCAGUUGCUGUUGGCGACGCAGUUGACGCGGAUGAUUUUGAAGGUUAAUGAUGUUAUUGUUAACGGAAGUGAGGAUGCGAUGUAUUAGUGUAUAUAUGUUAUUGUUGAGUGAGUAUAUAUGUUUAGUUAUAGUUAAGAAAAGAUGAUUUGCGAAAUAGAAGGAAGGAAGGAAGGAAGUAAGGAAGAAGAGGUCCGUAAAUGAGCAAGAAGAGAACACAAAAAGAAAAGAAAUGUCUCGAAAGAAGAGGCGAUCUAGCUUUUCGCAAGCAGGAAUAAUUAAAAACAGGGAAAGGAGAUUAUCGGGAAGGGGGCAGGGAGAAGAGAGAAGAGAAGGGCUUGGCUGCUGGUCCGAGUCCAAGCCAGGGAGGAUAUUAAGAUUUAGCGCGAGGAGGGAUAAUAAGAGGAGUGUAUAGUACCAGAUUUGACAGAUGGAGGAGGGGGUAAUAAAGAUGAGAUUAAAGAAUAAAGAUUAGAGAAUAAGAAUAAGAAUAAGAAUAAGAAUAAGA